AUGGCAAACCAUACAAACCACGCGACUAACGUGCAGGCGCAUUUAAUUAUAUCAGACGCCUUUCAACGUUUUGAGAGAACGAUAGCUCCGGAAGACAUUACACUUCUUGGCAGCACAACGGUGAAAGAUGUUAUCGAUGCCAUGAUAACAAUCCAACAGGAUCUUCUUAACCGUAGGGAAAACAGGAAUCUGCGAAAAUUACACCCUUUUUUGGAAGGCCUGAGGAAGUAUGGACAGGCAAUUGACACACUCAGCAAUGGCCUGAGCCCGUAUUUACCUUGGGUCUGGGCACCAAUCAGACUGGCAUUGCAGAUAACAUCUGACCACCUUGAUGCCUUCGACAGACUAGUUGAGGCAUAUUCCCGUAUAUCGGAAACACUCCCACGCUUCGAGAAGAUUGGCGAUGCAUUCAAAGACAAUUCUGAAAUUGGUAUCAAGCUAGCACUUUACUAUGCAGACAUCCUAGAGUUCCACCGUCGCGCUUACAAAUUCAUUCGAAGAAAGUCGUGGAGGUUCUUCUUUCAAACAACUUGGGGCCAAUUCGAAGUUCGAUUCAAAGCGAUUCUUACCAGCAUGGCGCAUCAUAGUGAUAUGAUAAUGCAAGAAGCUAUUUCUAUCGACUUGAUCGAAGAAAAGGCAUGGAGAGAAAAGCUGAUGGCCGAGUCUGAGAAGACGGAGAAAAUAAGAAACGACGCACAAAUGCAGUCCGUAGUUUCAUGGCUCGGAAUCAAAUCUACACCCCAAGAGGACGAAUGGGAACGAUUACUUCAAGAUCGCCUCCCCGGAAGCAACGACUGGAUAUAUGACAAAUUUGAAGGUUGGAUCCAGAAUGACUCCCACCACCCCAUAGUCUGGCUCCAUGGGAAGCCCGGAGCAGGCAAAAGCACUAUAUGUGCAAGCAUAUUGGAGACACUAGAGCAACGAAAGAUACCUACAUUAUACUAUUUUUGCAGGUUUCAUUCCAGAGAUACAAUCUCUGAUAUUCUCAAAUCGAUGGCCAUUCAAUUGAUCACAAAAGACCCUGAUAUAACAGCUAUUGCUUAUAGGGAAUACGUUUCGAAGCACGCCAUGCCCUCCUUGAAAGUUCUACGUGCCAUGGUAAUAGGUUCGACUGACAAACCAGGGAUGAUUAGAGGCAUAUCUCCGUGUCGUCUUGUUAUCGACGGUUUAGAUGAGUGCGACUUAAAGGAGCAACCACUUAUCAUCAACGACUUCUCACAGCUUGUUUCUUCUAACAACCCUACUCGUAGCUACAAGGUCUUGUUUUGCAGCAGGGAAAUCCCAUCAGUGAGCAAAUCUCUUCAUAAAAGGGGAAGAAAAUUGCUUCAAAUCUCCUUAUCUGCCGAAAGCAAUAUCGUCAACGCCUCAAUCCGGAGUUUCGUUACUAGUCGCUUGAACGAUCACGAGGAAUACUACCCAUCAGUUCAGUUAAACCCUAACGUGAAAGAAGAGCUAGGCAAGAUCAUCAUCGACAAAGCUGAUGGCAUGUUCCUCUGGGCUAAAUUAGUCCUUAACUCGAUUGCCAAUAUCGAUAGCAACGCAGACCUGCACGAUGCUGUGACGAAAAUGCCAACGGACCUAACAGAACUAUAUGAUGUAAUUACUAAUCGAAUGUAUAGUCAGAUUGGGAAUGGAUCGGACAAGAUUUCCAGAAUUUUCGCUUGGCUUGUGUUCGCGAAAAGACCAUUGAGGAAAAGAGAAGUUCUUCAUGCCAUUGCAAUCACCACCGAGACCCCGUACUUGGAGGACUGGAACAGACUCAGCGGCACAGUCAUUGAAAAAUGCAAACCUUUGAUAGAAGAGUUAUCCGAUGGCACAAUCUCAUUAGUUCAUUAUACAGUUCGAGAGUAUCUGACUAGUAGAUGUACUGUCGGCCGAAUUACACCCGUAAGCUGUAAAAGCUCGAUCGCUUUUAGUUGCGCGAGAGUCCUCACAGAUGGUCUUCACCUACUCGAUCCAAAUCUCUCUGUCCCCGAAAAGCUUCACCAAGUUGUCGAUGGAUGCCACGCUUUACUACCGUACUCCAUAGACUUUUGGGUUGAUCACCUCUUAGAUUACUUGGGCCACGACGAACUAGAGUCACUAUCCGAAGUGGCGAAAGCAUUGAAAGCCUUGGAAACUCUUCACGGCCGAGUUCUUAAUCAGCUGAGACAUACAGAUAAGAUAGUUGCAUCAUCACACGAUGAUCUUCAUCCAGUAACCAUUGACAAAAUUCUUGCAUUAUACGUCUGUGCCUCUACGAUUUCCUUUCGACAAGAGCGGAAAAACCAAUCUAUGGAAAAUGGCGCAGAUUUCGAAUCUAAAUCGUUGGAGAAAGACCCAACUCUUUUCACGGAGCUAGCAGUCAAGUUUGAAUGCCUCGUCAAGAAGCUAUUGUCAGGAGAAGAGCUUCCAGAGAAUAUACCGCACGGUCUCCUUGAAAUAUUCCGACAGGAGUCUUGCCAAUGUUCCUUUCGCUGUCGAUUUUCGCCUUGUACAAGUGCUACGCUUGGGUUUGCAUCUGAGUCUGCAAGACUUUCACACGAGCAACUGCACAUCAAAUGUCUUUUUUGUGACAAACAGGACUGUCCAAUAGGUCGGAUUGGUUUCAAGACACAGCAAGACCUGAGUAAACACAAUCGGAUAUACCACGAAGAGGGAAGUAUUUUAGUCCCUGCUAGGAUACGGAGGCUCCCAUCGGUAGAACCUGUGUUAUCCGAAGAACCCCAACCAUCAGAAGAGCCCCAGCCAUCAGAAGAAUCCGAACCAGAGGAAAUUCAAGUAGGAGAGUCUCAGGAGGAGAUCAAAAUUAAAUUGAUCCUCACGCUUCGCAUUGGAGCACAGCAACCCCUCAUAUCUUUAAGUGAUAAUGGCUGUUUUAUAGCAACGUCAGACAUUGGGACUGUACAUGUUCACGAUAUCCGAGGUAGAAUCUCGUUACUAGAUUUCUCCCGUGAUAGCCCUAUAACGGAUUGUACAGCACUUGCUUUUAGCCCAAACAAUAAAUUUUUAGCAACAGCCUACGUUGACAAGGUCCUAAUGAUAUGGGAUGUCGAAACGCAGAGCGUCUUCAAAAAAUAUGAUCGCUAUUCCAUCAAAUUUGGCCAGUUCAAAUUCAGUCCUGAUGGGAAAAUGAUAGCUAUUCUUGACUAUAACUGUAUAAGGAUCUUGGACUUCGACGGAAAGUGGCGAUCAAAUACAAAGUUAGAGCACCGUAUAAUUUCAACUGAGGGACAUGUCCUAGACUUCGUCUUCUCUCCGAAUUGUCUCUACCUAGCCGCGAGAAAGUCAACAUCACCACUGCUCCAGAUCUGGAACAUAGAGUCCGGCGAGGAGGUCGGAAUUCAGAGAAAUAUCCUGAAUAGUACAUUAAAUGAUGUAUGCUUCUCGCCAGACGGUUACAGUAUUGCUACCAUUGAAAAUAGUAUGAUACAAAGAUGGAACUUUUCGAAUUUAAUGCAGACUGGUGCGGACGAAGCGUCGAGAAAAAGUAUUAUAAAACUUUCUAUACCAAAUUUUGGGUUUAGUGUAGCCUAUACUCCCGAUAGUCAGUAUAUCAUAUCUGGAGACUGGGACGGUGUCUCAUUUUAUGAGAAUACAAAGGCAGGGCAGCUUAAAAAGAGACACGAAGGCGAUUCUUUGAUUCGGGUUCUAAUUUCCAGAUCGGAGCGUGUGUUUGCUACAGUCACAGCGAGGGGAGAAGUAAAAGUUUUCUCAUAUUAA